GUUCAAUGUAAUGUGUUUUAGUAGGGUGUUUGGUAGAUAAAUAUAUAAGUGAAAAUUUAAAAGUGUGUACUUUGUAUUAUUGUUUAUAGGAUAUUAUUAGCAUUAACAUCGUCCAAAAUCAUAUAUAUUUUACAAAUUCCUACCGAAGAACUGUUCUAGAGUAUGUUUUAGUAAACAAGUGGUAAUCAGAUCAGCAGGUCCUUACAGCAGCUGAUGGCCGUCUGCAUGUUCCUUGGAAAUUUAACCAUCAGGGUGGACCAAGAGGCUGUAUGUUGGCUGGACUGCUUGUCACCUGGAUGUUGAUAUGCAGCUUUCGCAGUGGCCACCAUGCAAGGCCUGGAGGUGGCGAGCGAAGAGGCUGACCAUUUGCUGCGGACUGCCUCGGAGCGAGCGUACAGUGUGCCCAGUGUCAAGUGCUCCGGCUUCUCUAUAUACCAGAAGCUGAGACAAUUGUACGUGGAGGAGUCUGCUAAGACCUCUCUCCAGCCACUCCAGUACCUACGGCCGAGCUCUCACCUGCUGGAGAAGCUGGUGGCCCGAGAACGACUCAACACUCUGGUGCUGAAUCUGUAUCCAGGCAACAAGGGCUACUCUCUGUGUCUCCAGAUGGGGCGAGACAAUAGUAUAGAAACCGUCAAGUUCCCUUACGAGGAAGACCAACUGUUGUCGUACAUAGACAACGAGGAGUUGCCGCCUGCGGUGGCCGACCUCUUGGAGAGCAAACAUCCCGAGCUCUACUACAGCGGCUGUGUCAUCGUCAAGGUGCGGGACUACAGACAGACGUUUCCUCACUUUAUGUGCGACACUCACCACGUUCUGCUCAGGCCAACCACUCAGAGUGUGAUAAAUGACGUGAACUUGGUGACCUCUGAAGGAGAAUGGACACCAGAGGAAAGGUUGGCACUGGAGAGUCAAUUGGUGAUGGCAACAGCACCACCUCUGUGUCUAGACCCUUCACCUGCCGUGAGCCUGGUACAGCAGAGGCUACAUCACAGGCGGCAUGCUCUCAACACUCCUGCCCUGAGGAGUGCUGCAAGGCGGCAUGGUCAGAUAGCAGUCAAUCGCAAGCGAAAGCUGGACCAGCUGGCAGCCAAACCUCUACCUCACCUUGCCGACUUUAUCAGUCGACGUAAGACACAGCCGUCUCGACUUGCGGCAAGGCAGCAGCAGGCGUCCACCGCAGCCAAGCAGCUCAAGAAGAAGGUGGAAGUGAGCAGUGGAAGCAGCAGCACUACCGGAACCAGUAUAGACUACUGGAGUGACGUGCAGAGGUUCGCCAAGCCUCUGGACAGGCCCAUAGAGACGAUAGACUGUACACCAUUGCUGGUAGAGGAGUAUAUCCUGGAGACAGAACGUGGUCCAGGCCGAGUCUACUACAUCAAGCUGUCGAUAAUGCAAAGGCCCAGUAACUGUGAGUACUUGGGCCAACUGUAUGUCGACAAGGAGUACAGAGAGGGCGAGAGCAACGGUGCUUCCUGCAGGUUUAGCCUGGGGUCCCGAGCACAAGCCAACCGGUACAUCCAGCAGUUCACGGAGAUCUUCACAGAGGAGGGUCGCAAGUCUGUGAGGAUCACUCAUGUGGUGCCGGGUCAGCCGGCGAGGGUCAUCUGUACGGCCGGCAUGCGUGAGCGGGACGCCAAGAUGGCUGCUCUGCAACAGCAGACGCUCAAACAAGUACUGAACGCCAUGAACCAACAACAGCAGCUGAAGCUUCAGAAGGCAGUGCAAGCCCAGAAAGAGCAUCAGGCACUGGCAGAUAGUUCAGGGACAAUCAACGGUCUGAUAACAUCGGUAGCCGUGCAGAACGGGCCCCUGGCUAACGGUGAUGUGGCUUCCCCCUCCACUCACACCCCUGUGGCUGUCCAGACUCAGCAACCGAGCAAACCACUGAUCAUGACCAAUCCUGCCAUCAGUGCUUUAGCCAAUGAUCUCAAGAACUCCGCUCAGCAGUAUCAGCAGCAGCAGCAGGCCGCAGCCAAUGCAGCAGCUGCUGCAGCAGCAGCCGCCGCCGCCGCUGCCGCAGCUAGUGCGGUGAACGUUGCCAGUGGUGCCAACCCUACAGUGAACUUUGUGGCCAGCCAACAGUCCAACAACCACCACAACAACGCAGCCAUUCUCAGCCUGCUGAACAACAACAGCGGGUCCUCUGCGGCUGCCGCCAAUCCUACCCUCAACCAGCUGUUGAACAAUGUGAUAUCCCCCUCGUCCAAACAGCAAGUGUUAACAACUAGGAAAAUGACAUUAACCAAUUUAAUUAACCCUCGGUCGAUAGCGAUAAAUCCCCAAUCGAGUUCGACGAACCAAGUGCAAGCGCAGUCAGUGCGAGUGUCGUUGUCGUCCCUAACGAACCAGCUGUCUUCCCCUCCCUUAACUCAGCAGAAGGCUAGGAUAGUGCCUGCGACAGUGCAGUAUAGUGGCAGGAGAUUGUCGGACUCUACUCCUGCUGCGACCUCGUCCAGUCUGGGCCUCUCCAUGCCUGGCCUCUCCGCCCUCCUAGCAGGGACGCCGUCUGCCGACAACCCCGUGCCGGGAGCCAGCAGUUCCAACUCUGCAUUGCUAGAGCGACUGUCCACACCCCCCUCAUACCCCUCGUCUAGUCCAAAGCCUCCUCCUGCCCCCUCACCCACCGCCAUCAACCUCAACCUGGCCAGUGUGCAAGGAGCCCUGGCCUCCAUCCCCGGCCUGCAGAACGUUCAGGUAUCCAUACCAGGGCUGGCUGUCCCGAUAUCCAUGUCCCUCAACAACUCAUCGCCUCACAUCGUCACCUCUCUGCCCGUCACUGCCUCGUUGCCUGUGAGUAUUAUGACCUCUAACAACCUGGCUGGUGUCUCAGUCAGUGGGAACUCCCCCACAGCCACUCUCGUGUUCACCAACUCCACCCCUGUGACAGCACAGUUGCUGACCUCAGGCAAGAGUCAAACCACCGCCCAGACUCUACGCACUUCCAGCACCCCUACCACGUGUAAUAUUGGUGGGCAGUCAAUACAGCUGGUGGGCACAAUCCAGAGGCCGAGGGCAGUGGUGGCUACGACAGCCAGCAAGCCCACACUCAAGGCUAGGUCAGUGAUAAACAACCAGCGACACACACUCAAGGUCACUCCAGCCAAUACAGUUGUGCGAGCGGCCGACGUGAGCGGCACCAGCGGCCAGGUACUGACUCUCUCCCCUCACUCGCAGAUACAGAUACAGACUCUGCAGAAACAGGCUUUGCAGCUGCAGCAGUUCCCUGCGACGCAGCCGGCAGCCAUCGCGGUCAAACAUCAGCGCCGGCGCUCCACCGCAGACAACAAGUAGCAGCUCAUCUCCUCCCCUCUCCCACCCUCACACUGUCAGUCCACCUUCACCGUCUUUAUCGUGUGUACUGUUACUAGGUGUUGAUAUUUAGAAAAUAAAAUAGUUAAACUUCGUAAAAAGCUGAUACGCUUGAAAAGUAACUUAAAUUUUAUAGAAUUACAAGCUCUUGUCGUUUUGGAAAAUCAAAUCGUAAUACUUAGAACAUUGUUGUAAUUGCGCGUCGUAGUUUCUGCUGAAACAAGAUAAAUAUUCUUGUUGUAAUCUAACAGCAACAUCUUUAUCAUAAUGAAGAUGUUUAAAUUAUCAGAGACAGUAUAUGACUGGUCAGGCUCUCUCUAUAUAAUGGUACAGAAGGAUCAUUGUCAAGUUGAAAAUUAUUAAGGGUGGUCUUGUCAGAAUCAGUAUAUCCACUUCCUUAUGCUUGUAUUCCAAAUUGAAUUUAUAUAACACCUGUUGACAUAAAUUCAGUAAGUUCUUCCUGGAUCGAUUCUUUUAUACAAAACCGAUUUUUAAAAAGGACCAUUGUGUUUAAAAAGAAAUUGUAUAGGAUUUUUGCCAACUACAAUUGUACAAUUAAAAUUUAAAUAUUAUAUGAUUUAUUAGUGUCAGCUCAUAGUGAGUUAGGGACUAUCCAUAAAUUACAUAACAAGUUUGUCAAUUUUCAGACCCCCAUAAUCAUUGUACCACCAUAGUUGGCCAAACCUUUUCUGGCUGUUAUUUUGUCCUGGACAGAAAACUCUGGGUUUGCUCAGGAUCAAGGAGCUAUGUUUGUUGAGAGAUGAGCCAUUAUUUAAUUUAAAAUAGGAGUACUUAAGAUCUCUUGGCUCAUCAAACUCUCUUAAGUUCUCUUAAGGAAAGGUAUUUUUGUGACUGGGUGGUUGGUAACACUUCUUAACAAAAUAUCACAUAAAAGAAUUAUAAAACUGCCAAGAAUAUUAAAAUAAAAAGAAAUAUAUAGUACAUACAAUGUAUAUUGUACUUUUUAUUUUAAUUUAUAUUUUUUUACAAUCAAUAGUGCAAAAUGGCAAUCAUUUUCAAAUUAAUCUCAAAUCGAUUUUAUGUAGCUGUGUCUCAGAUUAUAUUUUUGAUUAUGCUCAAAUCGAUGCAAUGUCAGUGACUUUAAAUAAGCCAAGUUCUAGAUGUAAAUCACAUUGAUCUAGAAUACUUUUUCAAAAAUACUUGUAUCAAAUACGUACAACACAGACGAGUUUGAGAAAUAUUGAUGAAGAUUUGAACGUAAGUAGUGCUGAUUUCAUUUUAACUAAUCUGGUAGACAAGAAACUUCAUGAUUAGAUCUGAAAUCACUUGAUUGUUCCUUUCCAACUCGGUUCGUGUCUCCGAAUGUUCUGUGAUAUAUACCGAUCUCAUCUCACAAUCCGUAUGGAUUAAAUUGAUCACAUUAGGCAUGAAUUGAGUACCAGAAUAGUUUUCAGGCUCCAUAGUUUUCAGGGACGAAUCCUGUACAUCACAGAUGAGGUUGUGAUUUCACAAGCACAUGUUACAGAACAACGUCUACAUGUGUAGGCCUGAAAACUAACAUAUGCUGUUCUUAAGUGUUGAACCUAUUCUUGACAUUCAUAAACAUAUUAUCUCUGAUGUACAAUCUGGUGUAUUCUUUUUCAUCAUGUUUCUACUUAAACUUUACUUGGUCCUGAAAAUCAUUUGGGUAGAUCCAGAUGUCUGAAGAUGCCUCUGAACCGUCCACCUCUUCUCCCUUUUAGUUUUAUGUUGUGAAUUAUAUCAGCAGGUUUGUUCAAGUAAAGUUAUACUUAAAGUUGGAAUUCCCCAGUCUUCUGCAGUUCAGCGUAAACGGGGGACUUGUGGCAGUGACGAUAUCGUGAGGUUUUCAACUGGGAUGCAGAUUGAAGCACACGCUGGACACUUGCUGUUCAAUCUCCAAUGAGCCAGGAGCUUCCUCACGUAGACCAUCCACUCCAUCUUCAUGCAGUGUCCAGUAUCUUCUUCGCUACUUCGCUACGUUACCGCUCAAAACCCCCAACACACAGAAGAAAUUGACCACUUAAAAGUGCAACAACACUGGCGAUGAGAGUUAAAAAGUCAUGAAAGUUUCAAUCGUUACAAAAUAAAAAUUCAAAAAUAUUAUAAAAAGAUUGAACAUUUUUAUUUGCAAGUCUAUGUAUGUCGGUACUUUUGAUCACAACAGAAUACUAAAAGGCAUUCUUCCUACAAAGUGGUGAAUUAUCUGCAAACCAAAAUUACUUUGUUGGAGUGUUGAGUGAAUCGGGAAUUGUGCCGGAGAGAUGUAGGGGAAGGAUGUAUAUUUCUGUUUAAUCCUUCGAUACAAUGACCAAGAGCCAUGAGUCAUCAUGGAACAAUACACUCAGAUUUUAACAAUCAAAGAUUUAGUGCUCAACAUUCCAUGCAAAGCCAAUUCUCUCUUGUAAAAAUUGUUAGCACUUCUUCAAAGUUUCAGCACUAGCAACAUCUUUCAUUUGUCUAAAAUGGAUAAAUUCAUGUUGUGCAGUUUGCAGAAACCCAAAAACAUCAUAUUACUACCAUCAUCUUGUAUUCAGACCUUUCCCCCUUAAUUAUUGAUGACAUAAUAUGAUAAUAUGAACAACCCCUUACAUAGUUUCUGUUCUAAAAUAUAAUCUGAGACACAGCUAAAUAAAUAGAUUUAUUUCAUGUUUUCACCCCAAAAAUUAUGGCUUGACAAAUUAUAUUUAUGUAUAAUUUAUACAUAAAUAUAGCUUAUUUACACAUAUUUUUAUAAAUUUAUAUUUAUAAUAUCGGAAUACUUUAAAUUCCUCUGUUCCAAAGCAGAAACUACAUUUGUAAAAAAACUUUGCUUGUAUUAAUUGUUGCUUGUUGUAAAUUUUGAAUUGUUCACAUUAAAAUUUGAUUAGAAUUAUUAAGAUGGCAUGUUUUAACUAUUCAGUAACUACAUUUCCUGGUACACAAAACGGAAACUAGAAUGGUAUCUUCACGUCAAAUAUCAAACGAUUGUAAUCAUAAUUAAAAGUCAAAUAGUGAAUGUUUCAGUAAAAAAUGUAGUUUUGGGUUUAAAGAUUACAUGUUGACAUUUUCUCCAUAAAAAAAACAAAUACAAAUUCUGUUAAUCUGGUUUAAAUAGUUGAAACUUGCAUCAUUGUUUUUUAGUCCUAUGCAUCUUCCAUCAUUAAGGUAUUUUUAGUUUUUGUUCACAUAAUAUACAAUGAUUCUUAACCGUUGGAAGUGGUGGUCAUUUUAUUCUCUAGUGAUAGGCCAUCUUGGAGCUUCAUAAAGUAUUUUUAAUUCACUAUAAAUCCAAAUGAGGUAUAACAUACAAAUGAUGUUGCAUAUAAUUCUUUUUCUAGAACAAAAACAAUAUUUGCAUUUAAAGUAAGUCAUAAACAAUUUUUUUAUGGUAUCUAAAUUAUGGAAAAUUUAUAUUAGUUUAUAAACUGAUUUCCAUUUGGUAAUUCCAUUGAUUUCCAGCAAGGAAUUACAUGUGCCGAACUAAUGAUAGCCUUACUGAAAAUAUAUUAUGUCAACUGGUUGAGCUGAAGGUAGAUGCUAGAAUAACGCCAGGAAGUGUGCUUUCAUUUCUUUUUCUCGGUAUAAAAUUCUAUUAUACUUGAAACCAUUAUAAAUGACCUGACUACAAACUAGGGAACCGGCAUAUGAUUCAGAGCAGAGGUCAGGUGUUAGUGUUAUUUUAAAGGUAUUUAGAAGUACUUUUCUGCGUGCACAAAUAAUAGUGUUUUAUUCCGUGUGUGAUCGACCUUUUUGAAACAUCAGGUGACAUAAAGGCAGGUGUUGAGUGACAGAGGGGUGAGGUGGGGGAGGUUACCGCAGGGGGAGAGGGGAAUGUGUGGACUCUUUUACUUGUUGGUUACUUCCUUUGUUAUCUCACUGUAUAACGUAAUGUGUUUGUAACGUAACGAGACGUAACGUAUGUGUACAGAUCUGUUAAUGUGAUAGCAGAAGAGCAGACACAUUGAUGCAAUGAGACUGUUGGCUCAAAGAGAACAAUAGCCGCCUGAUCUCUGGCAGACUGUAUUAGGUAGUUCGUAUCACUGAAUAAGUAAUGUUAGUUCCUUGUUGAAAACAAAUUUUGUUAUGAUUUUCUGUUAUUUUCAUAUUUUUAUAUAUUUGUAUCGAUUUAUAUGUUCGGUUAUUUAUUGGUUGACUAUGUGCCGUUGCUUUGAAAGCUGCGAUGAGUGAUAUUAUCUUUAGUUAUCCCUGGUGUUUGUCUGUAUCUCGCUGUACUUAUUUUCAAUUUUAAACGUUUUUACUAAA